AUUAGCAUAUAGAAGAUACAUCUUCCGUGUAAUUUAUAGCCUACCAAUGGCCGUAUUUAACUUUAUUUCUUAUAAUCGGAAAUGUCCUGACGUCAAAUAUCACUUAAUUAAGUCGUAUGUUGACAGUUAGUAAAUGAGAGACUUUUAGACCCCCUCCCAUGACACGCACCCCCCGGCUACUUGUGGAAGCGAUGACUCAAGGAAAAGUAACUCAGUCGACCGGUACGGAUGAGUGCCAGAAAAUAGUUUCUAGCUGACAGAGAAUGUGGUCGCUCCGUGCUUCCGCUUCUAGGUCGCAGUAGUUUACUUUUUUAUUCGAUUCGCGUUGGACAAUUAAAAAAAAAAAAUUAUAUUCAGCGAAUCUGGAUACCAUUCAUUGAAAAUACUAUAUUUUAACGGAACGAAGACACAACAGGCAUCCCCACAGAGUAAAGGAUUUCUUGUAAAGUAAGCUGACAGUCAGAAAGAAUCGACCAAAACCUGUCGGGGUGAAGUUAUAAUUCGUAGUGUACCUAAACAAAAGCGUCAGUAUGGAAAGCACGUGGUGUUAGAUUUAAAGGCACUAUUAAGUUGACGGAAGCGGAUGAAAUGUGAAAACCCGGCAUCGUGAAGUAGGUCUUUCAUACCUACUGCGAGAUUCACCACAGGCUGCAUGCUGUGUUUGGGCCAGUCCUCAGUCUUCCGCUUCAACCACCCAGAGGAGGCCGUCGGAAUGAAGAGCAGGCUGCCAGAGGGAAGCCUAUCCCCCCUCCACUCAGACCCCCGGGGCCUAGUCAAUGGGAACCAUCCGCCAGGUCAGCCGGACUUGCACUCAUCCCCCCGAACGAAAGUGCACCCCGAGCACAGUGCCAUUGUCAGCUCCAUCGAAAGAGACCUACAGGACAUUAUGGACUCCUUAGCCAUGGAAGACCCCCAGCCUUCCUCCUCUGCUCAGCCCAAAGAGCCUUACGGCCAGCCGGCCUCCCAGUCUCAGCUGUCCCCGGUGGUGAACGGAGGAGGAUGUUACCUCUCUCCCCCUACCAGCCCUGGAGCCAUGUCUGUGGGCUCCAGCUAUGACAAUACCUCACCCCCAUUCUCCCCGCUCUCCUCCCCCUCACCGGCCAGCAGCGGCAGUUUCAACAGCCCCUUGCAUGGCGGUGGUGGAGGUGGUAGUCAGGACCAGGGUUCUUCUCUUCCCCCGGUGCCUCUCAGGUCCUCCAGUUACAACUUCACAAGCCAGCCCCCCGUACCUCAGCCUUUCACUGCCCUGUCCGUCUUCAGCUGCUCCACCACUGGGGUGCAGAAGCUUCUGGAGAGCCCCCGCUUCCAGAGGAAGGCCUUGCUGGAGACACCCCCCAGCCCUAAACCUGCCCGCCGCAACGUAAAUCAGGACAGCUCAGCAACAGCCGGGGGGAGAGAUCCAGAAAUCCAGAGACAUGUCCACAUGUUUCCAACCGUUUCCAUCUCCCCUCCCAGUGACCCCCAGUCCAUCAGGCAGAUAGGGUCGCCCAGCAGUCACAGAUCCUCUCCCAAACUCUCCACUGGGUCCCUCUCCUCCUCCCCCUCCAGCCCUCGCAUAAAACGGGCUCAGGAGCGCCCAGCUUGUCUGUUCCGUGAGCAGCCCCAGGUGGACCACUCCCCCACCUCCAUGUCCUCCCUUCCGCUCCCUUCCUCACGCUCCUUCCAGCCUCCCCUGGACCCGAUCAUCCACAUCAUCCAGGGGGGCAGCGCUCAGAUCCAGCAGCAGGGGCAUUCAGCCACGCUGCAGCCCCCAAAGAGCCCUCGGCUGGCCCGAAGAAACCUGGAGAUGGACUGCGGGAGCAUCAGUAGCCUCAAUAGCAUGCGAGACCUCCCACCCUUGUCCCCCUCUCUCUCCCGCCGAGGGGUACCCAGCCUCUCGACUCUGAGGACCCCAGAGGGCCCCUUGGGCAAGCUUGUCCCCGAAAGUCCCCGACUGGGGCGCAAGGCAGCGGCCUUCUCUCCCGAGGAGCAGUUCAGCCCACGGCUGGUCCGGGCACGGAGCCCCUCUCCCACCUCGGGUCUGAUCGGAGGCGAGGGCAGCCGGGGCAGGAAAGCCAGCUUUCCCAACCCCCUGUCACCAGCCUUCAGCCUGGGCUCACUGCCAGGCUCCUCUCCUCUGGCCAGCCCCAGGAGCCAACGGAAAAUGUCGGGCGAGCUACACGACCCCCGGUUGAUGCACCCGGGUAUGAGGCAACGCAAGAACAGCAUCACGGAGAUCAGCGACAAUGAGGACGAGUUGCUCGAGUACCACCGGCGGCAACAUACAGAACGUCUCCGGGAGCAGGAGAUGGAGAGACUGGAGCGUCAGAGGCUGGAGACCAUCCUGAACCUCUGUGCCGAGUACAACAAGCCUGACGUGGGGGGGCUUGGCGAGCUGGGCCCCUCCAUGGACGCUCUGAGGGUGGGGUCACCCCGCACCAUUCGCAGGCAGAGGGGGAGCAUGGAGGAGAACCACAGGGAGGACUGCAGUAGCGUGGAGAUGACACAGCAGGAGAACGGGUCCGCUGGUCUGGGUCACGAGGGCAGUCUGGAGCUGGGUUACCUGGAAGAGGAGCGUGUGCGAGCUCUCAAGCGGGUCGACGAGCUCAAGACCCGCCUCACAGAACUGGAGCAGCAGCUACAGGAGUCUAAGCAGGAGGCUGAGAUGGAGAGAGCCUUGCUACAGGGAGAAAGAGAUGCUGAACUGGAACAGAUCCAGGCAGAGGAUGACAUCAUCAGUCAGUUGCAACACAAACUCACUCAGCUGGAGAGUGCCAUCCAAAGGGAGAAGGACGAGGAGCGAGCAAACGUUGAUGCUGAGCGGGAAGCGCUCGCGAGGCUUCAGGAGGGGUACAAUGAGUUGAAGAACCAGCUUCAUAACUGCCCCGAGUCCCUGCGGGAGCAGUUACAGGAACAGCUCAAAAGGGAGGCAGAGAACCUGGAAGCGGAGACCAAACAGUUUGAGGACUUGGAGUUCCAGCAGCUGGAGAAGGAGAGCAGCCUGGAGGAGGAGAGGGAGACCAUCAGCCAGCAGCUCCUGAAGGAGCGCGCCGACUACCACAGCAGUGUCGUCAGGAGGAAGGAGAAAGUGUCAGCGCUGGAGAGCCAGGCCAAUCAGCUGGGCCUGCAGGCGGCUCAGGAGUGUGACCGGCUGGCCAAGGAAAGACUCCACACGCUGCAGGUCCUGCAGAAGGAGAAAGAAAGGCUCUCUAGUUUGGAGAAGAGGUACCUCAACUUAACCGGAGGGAGAACUUUCCCAAAGAACUCCAACACCUUAAAAGAGGCGAAAGAGUACGUCACUGUCGGCCAAAUAAAUCAGAUCUAUGGGAUGCCGAAGGUGGAGUCCUCCCCCACCUCUCCUGUCCGCGCUAUUCCAUCUUCCACCGCAGACUCUAUCUUCUCCUGUCUCCCCUCUCCAUAUUGCUCCACCCUCUCCCUCUCUCCUGAGAUGUUCCGCUCCAAGCUGGACAGUGAUGCAGGCCAGACUGUCAUGAGGCCCAAAGUCAGCGCUGGGCUUUCGCCUCCAUAUGGUGCGGCCACACUGGGUCGCAACACGCCAUCAAGGAGCCCACUAAUGGUCCACACGGGAACUGGCAGCCUGCCACGCAACCUGGCAGCCACCCUGCAAGACAUCGAGGCCAAGAGACAGUUGGCCCUGCAGCAGAAAGGCCAGCUGGUGAUCGAGGAACAGCGGCGGCGGCUGGCCGAGCUGAAGCAGAAGGCCCAGGCAGAGGCCCAUUGUCAGUGGGAGGCGUUGCACGGCUCCCAGACGCACCUCAGCGUGCACUACGCCUCGCCGGGGCCCCCCAUCAUGCACCACUCCAUCCUGCACCACCAGCCGCCCUCGGCCGGCGAGCAGCCCUACGACACCCUCAGCCUGGAGAGCUCCGACAGCAUGGACACCAGCAUCUCCACUGGCAACAACUCAGCGUGCUCCCCCGACAACAUGUCCAGUGCUAGUGGGAUGGAGAGCCAGAGGAUUGCAGAGAUGGAGAACAUGCUGAAAGAGGCACAGCUGGAGAGAGCCAGACUCAUUGAGUCUCGAGAGAGGGAGGAGCAGGCCCGCAAGCUUCUCCUGGAGGAGGAGCGUCAGCGGCGCGCCGAGGCGGAGAGGCAGCUGCAGCAGCAGGCAGCCAUCAGGCAGCGGCUGGUGGAGAAAGAGGUCAAGAUGAGGGCCAAAAACUUCUCUCAGGCUCGUCCCAUGACACGUUACCUGCCCAUCCGCAAAGAAGAGUUCGACCUCCGCUCCCACGUCGAGUCUUCAGGCCACACGGUGGAGACCUGCGACCACGUCAUCCUCACAGAGAAGAUUUGCAAAGGCUACCUAGUCAAGAUGGGCGGGAAGAUCAAGUCCUGGAAGAAGCGUUGGUGUUUUGACCGCAUGAAAAGGACGUUUUCGUAUUACGUUGAUAAGCACGAGACAAAGCUCAAGGGAAUCAUCUACUUCCAGGCAAUUGAGGAGGUUUACUACGACCAUUUGCGCAGUGCGACUAAGAGUCCCAACUCGUCUUUGACGUUUUGUGUGAAGACUCACGACAGACUGUACUACGUGGUGGCCCCCUCUCCCGAAGCCAUGCGUAUAUGGAUGGACGUCAUAGUAACGGGGGCUGAGGGAUACACACAGUUUUUGAACUGACCCCAUAUGUCAGGUUCAAAGGUCAGACUGUUUCAGUGAGAACAAUGAACGAGACCCACGUCCCCUCCAUAAUGGUCCCAAAACUCUCAGUGUUGUGGGAGAUUAGCCUUUUAAUUUGUAACUUUACGUGUUUAUUGUGUGUAUUCAGUCUACUGUAUAGACAAUAGAUCCACCUGUUUUCUACUCGUGCCUGCAUUUAAAAAAGGGAGAUUUUGAAGACAUUAAGACACAUAAGAUUAUCACAUUAUCAACUCUCAAAUGCCUUUUUUUUUUGUCGUUGCCAACAGAGAUCUUUGUGUAGCAGUCAGGUGCUUCUUUGGGUAUCUGUCUAGGAUGACCUUUUUAAUCGAUGUUUGACUGUUUAUUUCUUUAAAAAAAAAAACAAUCUUAAACAGUUCUCAUGGCAUGUUGCCAUAUGAUGCCAAACUAGCGUGCUGUUAUUUGUAUUAUUUCUUUUUUGGAGUAGCUUGUCCUAUCAUUUUAGAUUGAGAGGCAAGGAAUGCGGGGAUGCUUAAUUACACAGACGGCAGGCACACUGACAGACACACCUGCAGAGAAGCUCGGAGGGAGAUGGACGUUGAGUGGCACAGACAGAGCGUGGUGGUUCACUGCAGCUCAAAUCCCUACUCAGGCAUCGGCGGUGGUUUGACAUGCAGUUUUCUUUCCUGACAUCAGUGACUCCUUUUGAAGUAGGCCUAAUUAUAUCUGUCUGUAUUGUUACAGGUACCAUCAUUAAAGCGCAUCUUUCACACUCGCAUACACAUUAUCACACAGGUACAUGUACAUAUACAUGCGCACAUGUGCACCACAGACACACACACACACACACACACACACACACACACACACACACACACAUACACACACACAUACACACACACACACACACACACACACAUACAAUAUGACACUAGUGAAAGAUUUUAUAUAUCAUGAGCGUUGAAAUACCAAGUAGAGUUAACUUGCCAAGACCUGAUAACUUGAUGUCAUGGCUCGUCCCUCUCUGAAGGUAGCCAGUUAGAUUCAUCACUGCCAGCCUACGUCGUGAGCCAUGACAAAUGAUAGAACAACAGAGCUGGAUGUUUUCUUGAUUUCUUUUUUAACAGUAAUGCAAUUCAGUUUGUGCCUUGAUAUUCGUUUAUCACUACAUACAAUAAAAAAAAACAAUGGGACAGUCAAGCUUGUGAAAACUGUGCUGAAGCCGCGAUCUGUGUGUACGUCAUAUGUUUACGUUUUUAAAAAGUGGAAUUAUCGAUGUGAUAGCAAAGAUUUGCACAGUGUGUGUGGAGCGAAAGAGGGUAUGGUUGCUGUUUUGAACUGUAAUUACAUGACUGAGAAAGAAUGAGCUUCAAGGGGUCUUUCACCAAAAACAAAAAAAUAAAUAAAAAAAAUAUCUCUCUGGAAUAAUAGCCCUGCUGUGUGCCAGCACUCUCCACAGGUUAAACGUAUUCAAUUUAUUUAUAUGAUGUCUGUUCUCAGAAGAUCCAUUGGUACGGGUCGACCCAACCAAAAUUACUGCUUAUCUUUGAUUUCUUGCGAGCUGUUUUGACAGUAUGCUGUGCGACAGACUAACUGUAGUGCUAUUUUCAGACAGAAAGGGAGUGAGUGAAUGAAUGUUUAUAAACUAGUGCUUUGUGCCAUCUAAUACCAGAGGAUUGAUGAAUGAAUUUGAAUUGAUCGGUGUCAAUGAGUUGUUGUUAGGUAAAAACACAUAUAUGUAUUACUGUCAGAAUACCAUCCCCUUUAAAACAUUUUUUAAAUAUAGUUGAAAGAGAAUGUGGAGAAAGCUGUGAAAUGCCGAACUAUUCAAUGAACAGUCUAUAGAAUUUACCAAGGCAUGAAAUGUGUAUUAAUAUAUCUGAUUAUUUUUUAUGUUUUAAAUAUGAAAAAAAUAUCCUAGAGAAUAAGAGUCAGAAAACACAUGAUCCAAGACUAGAAGGUUAAGCGAGGAAGUAAGAUUUUUCUUGGUAUUUAUGAAGAGCUUGUCCAACAUAUCAAUUAUGACCAAGGUGCUUCUGGAUUGUUCUACACCCAAUCAAAAUAUAUUAUGCACGUCCACAAUGUUCAGUCCCCCCACCAUGAUGGUCCCUGUGUAACUGUUGAAAUGUCUUUUAUCUUUUCUUUGUUUGCUUGUGUUUUUUUUUUUUUUUUUUUACUUCUGUAUGAAUUGUCACCACAAGGUUGAAUCAAGUGUUGUAAAAUGUUUAUGGCCAUAUUACAUCUACAAAAGUAUUCACUGGUUUGUAUUAAAAUGUGUUCUCACAGUCAUUGUCUCUGCCUCAUUCUUGCAUCACCUUCCCUGUUGCACCGUAAUAAAGCUCUGAAUGGUGCAAUAUCAAUAGCAAUGAGAUAAUGUUUGUAUAUUCUCCAUGAGAUUAUAAAAAUUAAAUAAUUAAAUCAAA